CGUUCCCCGCGUCCCGCCCCGGACUCCGUCUCCCAGGAUGCGCCGCGUCCGGCCCGGCGCUGCGCGCGGCGGAGCCCCGCGGAUGCUGCCGGCCGGGGGCGGCCAGGCCGAGGCGGGCCAGCGCAGCGGGCAGCGGCGGCGGCGGGAGGCGCGCCGGCUGCCAGGGGGAGCGGUGCGCUCCGCCGCCCCUCCCGCUGCGGCUCGCCCGGCGGCGCUGGCCCUCGUCACUCUCCUCAGCUUCGUCUCCCGUUUCUACCGCCUGCCGGAGCCGCCGCACGUCUGUUGGGAUGAAACUCAUUUUGGGAAGAUGGGAAGCUACUACAUUAAUCGAACCUUCUUCUUUGAUGUCCAUCCCCCAUUGGGGAAGAUGCUGAUUGGACUUGCUGGCUACCUUAGUGGCUAUGAUGGUACAUUUCCUUUCCAGAAGCCAGGGGACAGAUAUGAGCAGCACAACUACAUGGGAAUGAGAGGGUUCUGUGCAUUUCUUGGCUCCUGCCUGGUUCCCUUUGCCUACCUCACAGUGUUGGAACUGUCAAAGUCACUACCAGCAGCCUUACUCACUGCUUUCAUCAUUAUUUUUGAUACAGGCUGUAUUACCCUGUCUCAGUAUAUUCUGCUGGAUCCCAUUCUGAUGUUCUUCCUCAUGGGAGCGGUUCUGAGCAUGGUGAAAUGUAACAGCUGUGCAGAUAGGCCAUUUUCUGCCUCCUGGUGGUUCUGGCUGAGUCUGACUGGUGUGAACCUUGCUGGAGCGAUGGGGGUAAAGUUUGUUGGCCUUUUUGUAGUCCUUUUGGUUGGCCUGAACACAAUCUAUGACCUAUGGGACUUGCUGGGGAACCUCAGCCUGUCACUGGUCAUGCUUUGGAAGCAUUUACUGGCUCGUGUCCUCUGCCUCAUCCUGCUCCCGCUUGCCCUCUACACAGCUAUGUUUGCUGUUCAUUUUACAGUAUUAAACAAAAGUGGUCCUGGAGAUGGUUUCUUCAGUUCAGCAUUUCAGUCCCAGCUGAUUGGGAACAAUCUGCAUAAUGUCUCUGUUCCAGAACACUUGGCUUAUGGGUCUGUGGUCACAAUGAAGAACCUUCGGAUGGCAGGGGGAUACCUUCACUCCCACUGGCACCUCUACCCAGAGGGGGUUGGGGCUCGCCAGCAGCAGGUCACUGCCUACUUGCAUAAGGAUUUGAAUAACCUGUGGAUUAUAAAGAAACAUGAUUCAGAUGCAGAUCCGUCAGACCCCUUGAGCCCCGUGGAGUUCGUGAGGCACGGAGAUAUUAUUCGUCUGGAACACAAAGAAACUUCUAGAAAUCUUCAUAGUCACCAGCACGAGGCUCCUCUGACAAGGAAGCAUUUCCAGGUCACUGGAUAUGGAAUAAAUGGAUCAGGAGACUCCAAUGAUUUCUGGCGGAUUGAAGUGGUGGGCAGAAGGACCGGGAAGCUCAUCAAAGUCCUACGGAGUCAAGUCAGGCUAACUCAUGUUGCCACAGGGUGUAUAUUGGGAUCUUCUGGAAAGACUCUGCCAAAAUGGGGUUGGGAGCAAGUUGAAGUCACCUGCACACCAUACCUGAAGGAGACUCCCAAUUCCCUCUGGAACUUUGAAGAUCACAUCAACCCUAAGCUGCCCAAUAUCAGCCUGGAUGUUUUGAAGCCCUCUUUUGCAGAAAUUCUGCUGGAAUCCCACAUGGUUAUGAUCCGGGGAAACAGUGGCCUCAAACCAAAGGACAAUGAAGUUACAUCCAAGCCUUGGCACUGGCCCAUCAACUACCAGGGCCUGCGUUUUUCUGGCGUCAAUGAGACCGAUUUUCGGGUGUAUUUGCUGGGAAACCCGGUGAUUUGGUGGCUAAAUCUGGUCACCAUUGGAUUAUAUCUUCUGAUAGCAGUUUCUACUGCAGUUACCCUGAAGAGAGGCGUCCAGCUGACACCUGAGCUCAAAGAACUGGCCAGAAUUGUGCUGCGUGGCGGAGGGCAGAUCACUCUGGGCUGGCUCCUUCAUUACCUCCCUUUUUUUAUGAUGGGACGAGUUCUCUACUUCCACCACUACUUUCCUGCCAUGCUUUUUUCCAGCAUGUUGACAGGAAUCACCUGGGACGCACUACUGAAGUUCUGUGCUGGAUUCUUGUUGCCCAGCACCACAGCUAGAAAAGUAUAUGGAGGGGGGUUCUUGACACUGAUCCUGCUCAUUGUGUACAGCUUCUACCUCUUCCAUCCUCUGUCCUAUGGGAUGAUAGGACCCAUGGCCUCUGACCCUAGCAGCCCCAUGGCAGGGCUCCGGUGGAUGGACUCCUGGGAGUUCUAGAGCCAGCAAAGGGAGCCUGGAAACAGCAAAUGAGGACCAUGUGAUCUGCUGCAUGUCAGGCUGAUUCUGGUGCUUUGGAGAUGUGUGACUGUACAGUGCUCUCAAUGGAGAACUCUGGGUGUAGUAGCCCUGUUGCUAUGGCUUUUGCACUGCCUGCAUUGGAAGAUGCAGAGGAUGACCAUGAGAAGGUCCUCUUGAAAAGACUCAUACUCUGAAUCCUUAGAUUCCUGGAUAACUGACUACUUAAAUCUCUGUUCUUUGAGCAAUAUAUGUAUUAAUCAGACAGCAGUGGCAUUCUAGCUGUCAGAUGGGUACAAGUUGGAGACUGUGGGUAGUUGCAUGGUUGUCAUGCAUGUGUGUGUGUCUUCCUUCUGGUAAUCUAAGCAUCUUUCAGUCUGAGAGCCAGACAGUGUCUGAGACAUUAGGAUUUUUAUCAAGAUGAACAACCAUCCUUAUGGUGAGGUUUGAGAAAGCUUCAUGUAAGUAUCUUGGUACCUCCAUUCUACCCUGCCCUGCUGUCUACCAUUUUUUUAAUGUUCUGACUUUGAAUUUAAAACAUUUGACUGAAAGGAGCCUGCUUGAAGUCUCCUGAGCCACUGUGCCUUGCCUGUCUCACGGGCCCUUUGCAGACAGAGAUGAAGGUUGUUUAUCCCUGUAUACUGCCUUGCUUUCUAGUCACCUUUAAUCAUUUAUCACAGUCACCUAGCAGGCCUGAGCUCAGAGCCAGAUUGUUCCAGCCUAGCACUUCAUAGCUUCUUUGCAGUUCUGUCUGAAAUUGCUAUGGAAAUUGUGGUGGAAAUAGCAGGUGAUUUGUUUUCUGCCCUAAGUAUGCUGUGAAGACCAGCUUCUUGGGGCUGUAUGGGAGACUGAAAUGAUGGCUUUGGAAUUUUACAGACAGCUGCCAGUCAUUCAUGUUUUGAUCCCAGCUAUUCCAGUGCCAGUUCUGUGCUUUUAGGGGGGAAAGCCUUAUCUUUGCGAAUGUGGCACCUGCAGAACUAGCUGUCAGUGCUAA